GUUUCCAGAGGAAUAUUUCAGAGACGGACGGUUUGCAGCCAGCGUGUGAUUUUUUUUUUUUCUUUUGUCACAGUUGUCACUGAAGUUUUUAAACGAUCGCCGGCGUGACGCGCCGUAUGAAACAAACGAAAGCCUUGUAAUGUUUUUGCGGCUUGCGAAACACGUCUAAAUGUUUCGGACGGAUGCGUUAACCGAGAAAUCAUUACCGCGAGCUCGCGCCGUGCGCUUGUUUUUUUUGUCGUACCGUCGUGAGUGACGUGUAACCGAACUCGCCAAAUUCCUCUAAUCGUACGCAAACGAGCAUGAAACGGGUUUGUGAUCGUGCUCAACGGAGCACGGAGUGAUUGGCAUCGCGCCUACCGCGAGAGAAACCGUUCGAGCCGGACCGCUAGGAAGAAGGAUGGGAUUUAAAGUCGCAAGUCAUUUGUGAUGGAAAGAGACAAAAGGCGCUGUUGCAAACUAGGUAUUUGAUUUUAACAUGUAGAUGGCGUGAUCUGCGUCUCGAGGCUGAAAUAUUCGUGAAGGUAUCGCGGUGCAGCGCCGCUCGGAAAGGCUCGAAGAUGAUGUACUCUUCGCGGAGAAAACCUGUGCUGUAUUUCAAAGACGACAGAAGAAGUGAAAGUCAAAGGGUGCAGCGACGCGGAGAGGUUCAUUUUCUGUCGAGGAAGUGCACCGUCUGGAAGCUCUUUGGGCUCUGCAUGCUGUUUGUCUUGGGGUCUCUUCUUUGGGUGCAGCUGACUUGUUCGGGAGACAUGGGCCAGACGGUCGGGUACGGCCACCUCCCUCACCAGCCCUGUCCCGCGGAGAGACCGUCUUCGUCCGCCGACGACCCCUCCUGGGGGCCUCACAAAAUGGCCCUCAUUGUGCCGUUCAGAGAGCGCUUCGAAGAGCUGCUCGUGUUUGUCCCGUACAUGCAUGCUUUCCUCAGCAAAAAGAAAAUACGACACAAAAUAUUUAUUAUAAACCAGCUGGAUCACUUUCGGUUCAACCGGGCCUCUCUUAUUAACGUCGGGUUCAUGGAAAGCGGUAAUGACACGGACUACAUUGCCAUGCAUGAUGUGGACUUGUUGCCUCAAAAUGAGGAUCUGGACUACGGCUUUCCGAAGGAGGGUCCCUUCCAUGUGGCCUCUCCAGAGCUCCACCCCUUAUAUCAUUAUAAGACGUACGUGGGAGGGAUCCUGCUGCUGACCAAGAAGCAUUACCAGAUGUGCAACGGGAUGUCGAACCGCUUCUGGGGAUGGGGAAGAGAGGAUGACGAGUUUUUUAGGAGACUGAAAACGGCUGAUCUUAAGCUUUUUAGGCCGACGGGUAUUACUACAGGAACUAAAACGUUUCGACACAUCCACGAUCCAGCCUGGAGGAAGAGGGAUCAGAAGCGGAUUGCUGCACAAAAGCAGGAGCAGUUUAAGGUGGACCCGGAGGGUGGCCUGACUAACCUCCGCUACAAGGUGGAGUCCAGACAAGAAGUGACCGUCAGCGGAGCUCCAUGCACCGUCAUCAACACCUUCCUGGAGUGCGACCUCGGCGAGACCCCGUGGUGCCAGUCCAGCUGAUGCGCUUCAGCAGGCCCUGUGAAGUCAGGAUGAUUCUCAUCCUCCUCCUGGCGGCGGCGGGAAGGCUUUCACGUCUAACCAAAAGGACUUGAACAUGUGACUGCGGGAAAAGAACUUUUCUCCCGAGUUUUUAUUUUUGUAAGACGGUGUUGUUGGCUUCAUCCACGAUGGAGCGCUGCCUCAUUUUUUUCAACCGAACUAUUGAGCAACGUCAGGUACUGCAUCAUCUGCAUUUCAAAUACGAGCAUCCAAAUUUUUAAUGAUGAGUUUUAUAAUAUUUUAGUUGUAGCAGUGGCCUGUUUUGGACCGUUUCUCUUAGUGCAAUUGUGAGUAUUUUGCUCAGCUGUGUCUUGACAGAACUAUUUCUUUUCGCUUGAAUUCAAAACCAUGUCUUAAAAAGGACAUUGUU